AUUUCUGGUCCCUGGACCUUGGUGGCUUUGGGUUUAGUGUAUAAAAUGGAAAGGGCUAGCUCCCUAGCCUCACUCCCGCCCUCUCUUUCGCCUCCUAAAACCAAAAUGCUGCAGAGGCAAGCGGCGGCAGCGAAUUUCAGCUCCUUCAAACCCUGCUUCUUCCCUGCGCACACUACUAAAUCCUUGUUCUUCCCCAUGGACAAGCGCUCUCUUCACUCCUCUUCAUCUUCUCUCUCGUCUCUGCAGAAGCUGUCUCAACCUCGUCAAAAUCAAGCCGUGGUGUGUCGAGCUUCCCAGGACAGUAGCGCUUCGACUAGGAGCGAUGAAUUGGUCGUUCAUGGGGUUUCGGAGACCGUCGUGGGUGUUUUAGGUGGGGGUCAAUUGGGCCAGAUGCUGUGCCAAUCGGCUUCGGAGAUGGCCAUCAAAGUUAUAGUACUGGACCCUCUCGUGGGCUGCCCAGCCAGCUCCAUUGCGCAUGAUCAUAUGGUUGGCAGCUUCGAUGACAGUGCUACUGUUGUGGAAUUUGCGAAGAGUUAGGUGUGGAGUAUUGACUGUUGAAAUUGAGCAUGUUGAUGUUUCUACAAUGGAGAGGCUUGAACAGCAAGGAGUUGAUUGCCAACCAAAAGCCUCUACUAUUCGAAUCAUACAAGACAAGUACCUGCAGAAGGUUCAUUUUUCGCGACAUGGGAUUCCACUGCCUGAUUUUAUGCAGAUAGAUGACCUAGAAGGUGCGAAGAGAGCAGGUGAUCUAUUUGGCUACCCUCUGAUGAUUAAAAGCAGAAGGUUAGCCUAUGAUGGACGUGGAAAUGCAGUUGCUAAGAGUGAAGAGGAGCUUUCUUCUGCUGUGACAUCACUUGGAGGGUUCGGUCGUGGUUUGUAUGUCGAGAAAUGGGCACCUUUUGUGAAAGAGUUAGCUGUAAUUGUUGUAAGAGGCAGAGACAAUGCUAUUGUGUGCUAUCCUGUCGUUGAAACUAUUCACAAGGAAAGCAUAUGUCACAUAGUCAAGGCCCCAGCUGUGGUGCCAUGGAAAAUAAGGCAGCUGGCCAGUGAUGUUGCACAUAAAGCUGUCAGUUCACUAGAAGGUGCUGGUGUUUUUGCAGUCGAGCUGUUUUUGACAAGUGAUGGUCAGAUUCUGCUGAAUGAAGUAGCUCCAAGACCUCAUAACAGUGGUCAUCACACAAUCGAGUCUUGCUAUACCUCACAGUAUGAACAACAUUUAAGGGCUGUUCUUGGACUUCCUCUUGGUGAUCCAUCAAUGAAGACUCCAGCUGCAAUGAUGUACAAUCUACUUGGUGAAGAUGAGGGUGAUCAAGGUUUUCACUUGGCCCACCAGAUGAUUGCAAAGGCAUUGACUAUACCAGGAGCUAAUGUGCAUUGGUAUGACAAGCCAGAAAUGAGGAAGCAGCGCAAAAUGGGUCAUGUCACUAUAGUUGGCCCUUCUAUGGGCGUAGUUGAAGCACGGAUGAAUUCAAUGCUUGUGGGACGAGGUUAUGAUGGUCAACCUGCCAGUGUUCCUCCACGCAUUGGGAUCAUUAUGGGUUCUGAUUCAGAUCUUCCUGUCAUGAAGGAUGCUUCCAAAAUUCUUACUAUGUUCGGUGUCCCACACGAGGUCAGAAUAGUGUCAGCACAUCGAACUCCGGAGCUGAUGUGCUCAUAUGCCGCGUCAGCACGAGACCGAGGACUUCAACUGAUCAUUGCUGGUGCUGGUGGUGCAGCCCACUUGCCAGGAAUGGUGGCUUCACUUACUCCACUACCCGUUAUUGGCGUCCCAGUGCGUUCUUCUUCUCUAGACGGAAUGGAUUCUCUCUUAUCAAUUGUGCAGAUGCCAAGAGGUGUACCUGUUGCAACUGUCGCAAUAAACAACGCUACAAAUGCAGGGUUGCUCGCAGUUAGGAUUUUGGGGGCUGGCGAUCCGGAUCUCUUGGCCAGGAUGAGUCAGUAUCAAGAAGACACGAGGGAGGAGGUGUUGAGGAAAGCUGAAAAGCUGCAGAGUCAGGGGUGGGAAUCCUACUUGAAUCCUUGAGAGUGAUAGACAGACAAAGUUUCCCCUAGGAACUACGACCCUGUCUCAUUCUUUCUUGCUUGGACACCACGUGUCAUCAUCUCCAAAAGACAUGGUGGAAAGGUGAAAGAAGCAAGUCUGGUCUUGUUUACGUUGAGAAAGUCAUGUCUAGUUAGUUGUAACUGAAAGCAAUCAAGUUGAGGGAAAUAGAGAGAGCUAGGUAUUGAGGAGGGGAUUGAUGGCGCCUUUGGAGGGAUGCUGAUGGCUGGACUUCAACGUUUGAAGCCAGCAAAGUUAACGGCGUCUUUUUUUCAUUUAGAUUCUAAAUAUGGGGACUGCAGCAAUGGACCGCGGCUGGCCGCGGUAGAGGGUUUUUAUUAUUUUGGCUCUUCUCACUUGAAUUAGUGUCUUAAUAUUGACCAAAAUGGAUCAUGUUGAGAACCGAAUUUGUAUUGGACUUGUUCGUCGGGAUAACUGUCCGCCUCCGAAAGCCUCUACAUCUACGCAAAAUGUAACUCAAUUUUGUCCUUUUAGUUUAGGUUGAAAUAGGGGUUUAUCGUGGACUUAGCCAGUUUGAUGGAUCGACCAAGGGAGGGGCAGUGGUUUGAUCGUGGACUUAGCCAGUG